GUUUUGUUAUAGAAUAAUAAUCCAAUAAUGUAUUGUUUAUUUAAUAAACUUUGAAACAAAUAGAGAAAAUUAUUCAUUUAGUUAUCAUUGAUUGAACGCACUCUAGCGGUCAAAAUUCUGGGUCAAGUUCAAAUGGUUUUAAUGUUUUGCUUGUAAAACAACACGUGCAUCAUUUUUUUUUUGUUUUUAAAAAAUCGCGAGCAAAACAUCAAUCAAUCAAUCAAGAAAAUGUCCUGGAUCAUACAUAUGGAUCAAUCGUAUCGUCAUCCGUAUUGUCGUCGUCCGUAUGAAACAAUUUUUGAUUCUGAACAAAAUUUUUUUGAUGGUAAAUGUUGUCAUCAACAUGCUGUUUCAUCUUCAUCAUCAUCACCAGCAACAUCGAAAUUAAAUCUAACACUAUUGGCGGAUAAAUUUGUUGGAAAAAUUGUUGAAAAACUAUCGAUUUUAGAUCUAACCAGACGUGAUCACUGUAAACAGAAAAAUCAUGAUGGAAAAGAAUCAUCAUCAUUGAAGAAUAAUAAACGAAAAAUCUGUGAAGAUGACGAUGAAGCGUUUUGGCCAUUCAUCAAACUAAUCAUAUUUUUCAUAUUAACAAUCCUUUUCUAUUAUCUAAUGUUCAGUAUUGAUCAACGUCAUCGUCAUUUAUCUUCGCUACAGAAUGGAUCAAUGUUUAAUGGUCAAGCAUAUCAUACGAAUGGUACAAAUUAUUUCUUUUGGAAUCGUUCAAUGAUUUCCAUUGAAAAAAUUACCAACAAUAAAUCUAUUACUAUCGGUGAUUAUUUGAGAUUACCGAUCGCUAAUCAACUACGUUCAUCGAUCGAUAAUCAAUCAUCAUCAUCAACAACAGAUGACAAAAUGAUGGACGAUAAACAAUUUAUUCAAUAUUUAUUCAAUAAUAUUCAAAUGUGGAUCGAUUAAUUCGGUUUUUUUUAAAUUAUUUCUCGACUUGUAACAUUUUUUGUUUGU